AUGGGCUUGGUCCUGAUGUCUGAAGGAAGUGGACCUCCUGGAAACAGUGCUGCACCAGGCUUGGUCCUGACGUCUGAAGGAAAUGGACCUCCUAAAAUCAGUGCUGCAACAGAAACGCAUAAACGAGGUGCAAAGCAUAAACGAGGUGCAAAGCAUAAACGAGGUGCAAAGCAUAAACGAGGUGCAAAGCAUAAACGAGGUGCAAAGCAUAAACGAGGUGCAAAGCAUAAACGAGGUGCAAAGCAUAAACGAGGUGCAAAGCAUAAACGAGGUGCAAAGCAUAAACGAGGUGCAAAGCAUAAACGAGGUGCAAAGCAUAAACGAGGUGCAAAGCAUAAACGAGGUGCAAAGCAUAAACGAGGUGCAAAGCAUAAACGAGGUGCAAAGCAUAAACGAGGUGCAAAGCAUAAACGAGGUGCAAAGCAUAAACGAGGUGCAAAGCAUAAACGAGGUGCAAAGCAUAAACGAGGUGCAAAGCAUAAACGAGGUGCAAAGCAUAAACGAGGUGCAAAGCAUAAACGAGGUGCAAAGCAUAAACGAGGUGCAAAGCAUAAACGAGGUGCAAAGCAGGCAUAG